AUGUCGGGGAAUGAAUGGGAGGCGGGCGGCACCGGCGGGCACCGGCACCGGGACACGGCACCGGGACACGGCACCGGGACGCGGCACCGGGACACGCCACCUCCCGCCGCCGGGCUCCGCCGGCCGGGCCCGCGGCUCUCCCGCCCCUCUUCUCUCCCCUCCGCCGCCCCCCGGGCCAAUAAAAUGAUGCAAAGCUCUGCGCUCGCUGCCGAAGGGGCUGUCAAGGGGCUUCCCGAGAUCCUCGGUGUGCCGGUGCAACAGAUCCCCCAGUGCGCCGGCUGCAACCAGCACAUCCUGGACAAGUUCAUCCUCAAGGUCCUGGACCGGCACUGGCACAGCUCCUGCCUCAAGUGCGCCGACUGCCACAUGCAGCUGGCCGAGCGCUGCUUCUCCCGGGCCGGCAGCGUCUACUGCAAGGAGGAUUUCUUCAAGCGUUUCGGGACCAAAUGCACGGCGUGCCAGCAGGGCAUCCCCCCGACCCAGGUGGUCCGCAAAGCCCAGGACUUCGUGUACCACCUGCACUGCUUCGCCUGCAUCAUCUGCAGCCGGCAGCUGGCCACGGGCGACGAGUUCUACCUGAUGGAGGACGGGCGGCUGGUCUGCAAGGAGGACUACGAGACGGCCAAGCAGAACGGUAGGCACCCCGAAAGGGCUGCGAGGAGCACGGCGCGCUCGGGGGCGGCCGUGGCUCUGUACCCGCGGGGAGUGGCUGCGGGCUCUGGGGCAGCCGCUUUUGGGGAGAUGUUCCCCAGGGUGUGCUGCCGCUCGGGGCUGCUACCGGCUCCUUGGCUCGCAGAUGACUCCGAGGCGGGCGCGAAGCGGCCCCGGACCACGAUCACGGCCAAGCAGCUGGAAACGCUGAAGAACGCCUACAAAAACUCCCCCAAGCCCGCCCGCCACGUGCGGGAGCAGCUCUCCUCCGAGACGGGGCUGGACAUGAGGGUCGUGCAGGUGUGGUUCCAGAACCGACGGGCCAAGGAGAAGCGGCUGAAGAAGGACGCGGGGCGGCAUCGCUGGGGGCAGUUCUACAAGAGCGUGAAGCGGAGCCGCGGGGGAGGGAAGCUGGAGAAGGAGAGCUCGGCCGAGGACUGCGGCGUCAGCGACAGCGAGCUCAGCUUCCGCGACGACCAGAUCCUCUCCGAGCUCGGCCACAACAACAGGGUUUACGGCUCCGUGGGGGACGUGGCGGGCGGACAGUUGCUGAACGGCGGCUUCUCCAUGGAGGGCACGGGACAGACGUACCAGGACUUGCGGGACGGCAGCCCCUACGGCCUCCCGCAGUCGCCGUCCUCCAUCUCGUCCCUGCCGGCCCACCCGCCCUUGCUCAACGGGCUGGACUACGCCAUGGACGGCAGCCUGGGGCUGGUGGCCCACGGGGCGCAGGGGGUGAGUCAGACCCUGCGGGCCAUGGCCGGUGGGGGCCCCACCUCCGACAUCUCCACGGGGAGCAGCGUCGGGUACCCAGACUUUCCCACCAGCCCGGCCUCCUGGCUGGACGACAUGGAUCACCCCCCCUUCUAA